UUAGUUUGCCUGCUCUUAGUCAACAACAAUCAUGCUUGAAAAUCAGUGGGAAGAACAAAAUCGUAUUGAAUCCCCACUCCACUAUUGUUCCAAUAAACUUGUUUCGGGUUUUUUUGCAGGAUUUGCUUCCGCAUAACGGCCUGUGCAUUGCUUACGCAAUCUAGUCCAAAUGAUGUAGGGCUGAAGAUGUCUGCAUCUCACGAAAGAAAAACCAGCCAUGCCACCAAUGGUACGCAAGUGAAACCAUAGAGGCUAUUUCAGUGACGUUCCAUUCCUUUAUGGUCUUUGUGUGUGUCCACAGUCGUCAUUGUGAUUUUAUUUUUUUAGAGUUAUUUCUUAAUGAGGUUGGAUGUCUUUUUGGUAGCGACGAUUUCUACUACUGCCACGUAAGGCGCCACCGCGAUAAGGGGUACUUGGAUGUCGAGGAGACGGACGGCACUGUGUAUGUUCAGUGGAGUUGGAAAAGAAUCGAAAAGACUUGGGAAAGGACAAAAAGUGCCGCUCGUCGUGACCCAGAGACGCAACAGUGAUGACAUUCCGUAAAGACUUAAAGGAGCUCUAUGGCGUAAGACAAAGGGCGUUAUGUAAGGUUACGCGUAAUACGCGGCCGCUUUUGCGUACGUGUAGCACGCACGCACGCACUCGUCAUAAAGUUCCCAAAUGCAGCCAAUGAACGAGCAACAAAUGUGCAAACUUUCGAAGCGCCAUUGAAGAUGACGGCGAUUGAGCGCUUUAUAGGAAGCUCGCUCGCUCGCUGUGUUUAUUUCGGCUCGUUUGGUUCAGUGGAUUCGCCUGCUCGCACCUCUUCACGCGCCUCCAGCUCCAGCACCAGCACCAUCAGGUCCGUACGCUCCCUCCCUUCCUAGUCAUCCUCGAAAGAAGAUGAACUUCUCCAAGCUGCUGUGCUUGGUGCUCGUGUACAGCGAGCAAUUUGGGCAAGUGCUGGCAGCAGCAGCGGAGACAGGAGCCGUUUGCAAUGGCAACGCUGCUGGCACAGCUGUGACGUGCAAGCGCAAGAAGGGAGAAGACGUCACAUUGAAAGUCACAGGCACAGUAACAUCCUGGAAGAAGGGGACUGACCCAGUCAACACAGCAACUGCUAAAUACGAAGCAAAGCCAAGUGAAAAGUCUCUGAAGAUCAAGGCCCUGGCAGACGACGACGAGGGAGAGUACACGGCCGGCGGCAACGAAAAGUUCCUGGUCCAAGCGGUGGACUGCUUGGGUGACACAAACACAGCAGCCCUGUGCCAGGGCAAGCCGGGUGGCAGCAUCGAAUUGGGACUCACAGGAGAAGGUAACAGCUGGAAGAAAGCGGGGGGCGCAAUUACGGCCAAUGGGGGCAAGUACGGUCCAGUCACCGAGGCUAUCCUGAAGAUCAACAACCUGGACGACAAUGACGAGGCAGAGUUCACGGGCGGCCCCAGCACCUCAGAAGAUGAAAAGUUUUCCGUCCAAGUGGCCGACUGCUUUGGCACCGCGGCCGACAACGUGGAGUGCAAGGCCGAGCUGGGACAAAAACUCAAAUUGAGAAUCUCAGACACAGUUACUGGUUCUGAAGUCAAAUGGGAGAAACAGGGCGGCAAUCUCCCCGUAGGCAAGGAGGAAGUAGGGGAAAAGCGUGAAGGUCUGAAACUCCCGGGCCUAACAGCAGCCGACGUGGGAACCUACACGGCCACCUACAACGGCAAGACUGUGUCCUUCGCUGUCAGCGUUCCGGGUGUGUCAGGAAUCAGUACGGGCGGCGGCGGCCCCAAAAAGCCACAGGGCGGCGGCGGAGGCAGCAGCAUCAACAGUACCGAUUUGGGCGGCGGCGGCGGCAGCGGCGGCGACGGCAGCGGCGGCGGCAUCCUGUCCUACUCACCUGCUCUGCUGGUGACGGUCACCCUGGUGCAUCUGCUGCUUCAGCUGGCCGCCUAGAAGAUAGCAAGCCGAAGGCGGAGGGAGAAAAAGUGACCGCCAGCCAUUGAUUGACCCCUGCAUGCAUUCUGCCAUUGAUUUGCCACUAUAGGCGCAUUUAGUCAUUAAGCUUACAUUUCCCACUGUAGGUGCAUUUAGUUCAGUUUUGCCACUAGGCGUAUUUAGUCGUUGAUUAAGCUUACCUUUGCCACUCACUGUAGGCGCAUUUAAUCAUUAAUUUUUGGCUUAGGUUUGCCACUGUAUGGGCAUUUUGCUUUCGAUUGAUGAUGCUUCACUACCCCCCCCCCCCCCCCCUAUAAUCAAUAAAAUGAUCAAUCCUU